UGCAGCACUUCUGAGUUUAGUGGCGAUGAUGAUGUAGCAGAGAUCCCUGUGUUUGGAGAACACCACAAUGCAACAGCUUCAUAUUCAAUGAAAACAUCUUUGCAGUAUAACGUAGUAGCAUACUCUACUUUUUGUAAAGUAAAUGGAUCCAACUUUUUGUAAAUCAGAACAAAGAGACUGACUUUUUUUUAUAGUAGACAGUUGAUGAUGCCAUAGAAAGUUGGUAGCCAGCAAGGGAACUUUAGCCUUAGGAGGACAAUACCAACAAUUUAUCUGAGCUGCUGCUGGGUAAAUAAUCUUGUCUGUGUUGCAUACAACCUAGUGCUCUGCUCCUCCAUUAUAAGAUAACGUUAAAGAUUAGUAAGGGCCACUUUCUUCUGUCUAUAUUUUAGUUAGUAUAAAAGGGAAGAAAGUUUGACCAUAUUAAUUAAAAGCUGUGAGGAAGGUUAAGGCAAAAUUGAGGAUAGAGGAUAUUAGAAGAAGACUAGAAAGAUUAGACUGUGAACCUAUCUAUGUAUAUAAAUAAAGUACAUCUAGUCUAGCAUAUUGGGAAGAUAAGUCGGAGUGAAAUGAAAUGGUUAGAACAAAAGGAAACUUCAGGCAGAAAGGGAAGAGUAGCUACUCCGUGCAAGAUCCUUCCGGAUCGAGACCAUGGUUUUCUUUCAUUUAGAAGAAGAAUCCUUAGGUCAAAUGAGAAAAUGUAUAAAGCCCUUUGACUACUAAUUCUAUGCUAUGGAAAGCAAGAAGAACAAGGAGCUUAUCUUAUGAUUUUCAAUUCUUUCCAAUAACCAAUCUUGCCUGCAGCUGCGGUAAAGGCUUUUCUUGCUUCUGAGUAGAUCAUAGAUUCCGUUGUGAACUCUAACUAUGCUCUCGGAGUGGUAACUGAUAGAUAGAAUUUCUUUUGAAGCCUGAGGAGUGUCUCGCAUAAAGCAAGGAUUUAUGACCUAUCAUGUAUUUCCUAUCUAUUAUAUAAUAAAAGAAAAAGAUGAUUUUUUUAUGUAAUAAGAAAAAAGGAUCUCGUCCACUGAAAGUGCAGCAAACCUCUUAUAUUAUAUAACUUACCACCCGUUUCUCGAAAAAGGAAAACAAAAAAUGACAAUCCAUUCUAUAGUUUGUACAAAAUUACUUUUGACGAACGCACAUCUCGGCCGUCGGGUAGCUGCUCACCAUUUCAAAGUAUAUAUCUGUGGUUCCAGAAAUGGAAUUGCUAUUCUCGAUUCAGACAAAACACUGAUUUGUUUACGAAACGCUUUUCAUUUUAUAGGAUCUCCCAUUCGUCAAAAAGGCCGUUCCUUCUUUUUAAAGACCAAUCAUGUUUUUAUAUAUGAGAUAAUGGAAGAAAUGGCGAGCUGUAUCAAUGAUUCUCAAUGGAGGAUCGGGGCUUUUUUGACCAAUUCUUGUUCAAGUCCGAAAAAAAUCCGUUCGAGAAAGAAGAAGAUAAAUUUAGGGUCGAACCAACAACCUGAUUGUGUGGUUAUUCUGGAUGCAGAUAGAAAGUAUUCGGUCAUACUGGAAGCUGAUCGAUCACAAAUACCUAUUGUAUCCUUAGUUGAUUCUACGAUCCCAUUGGGGUCCUAUAAAAGAAUCACUUAUCCCAUUCCAGCGAAUGAUCCUAUACAGUUCGUAUAUCUAUUUCGUCAUUCGAUCACGAAAACAGUGAUUCUUGAACGGGGAAGAAUCGUUGCGAUGAAGGAGACUGCGGGAGAAGAAAGAACUCAUCGAUCGACCUUUUCCAAUCUGAAUUGGUUUUAGUCGAUCGGGCGAGUGGGCAAAUACCCUGCUAGUGGGACCAGUUUAUGGAUUGAACAAGAAUAGUACGACUUCGUUCGGGCUAGGCUGGAUUCCUUUCCUUACUUACAACUAAGCGGUUAGAGUAUUAAAAAAAAAAAAAAGUAAACAUCUUAUAGCUAGAAAAGCUAAAAUGCAAUGUGGCAGUCCGCCCGUCAAAGGUCAUGUACCGUGAGAUAGGAAUAUUGUUUAGCGGUAGAGUACAUCGAGAGAUAUGAAGGAAGGUUGUCUGUAUGCUUUUACACAAAAUCGUUAGUUCCGUCAUCAUCUUCCACUAAAGCAUAUGAUUGAUCUGGAUCAAUAGUUGCAAGGCCUGUGUGGCUACGAAGUCGAAGAGCUCUGCCUUCGAAAAAGGCCUUUCUGGUUGUCAACAGGAGAUAGUGAUGAUCCAUUGGCUUGACUAGGCUCUCCAACUGAGUGUGUCAAAUGGGUACUUAUAAACUUAAGGGCACCAAAACGUGUCGACUUCAGCCAUG